GGAACAGUCAUUUCCUUGCAGAAUAAUUGGCUUAGGGAGAAAGAGACACAGAAAACAAAACAAGUUCAUCAUGUACAGCUUGGUCUGGCUACACCCCUUUUCCAGAAACCAGGCUGUGUAAGAGCUGCUGGAGUAGGCACCCAUUUAAAGAAAAAAUGAAGAAGCAGCAAUAAAGAAGUUGUAAUCGUUACCUAGACAAACAGAGAACUGGGUUUGACAGUGUUUCUAGAGUGCUUUUUAUUAUUUUCCUGACAGUUGUAUUCCACCAUGAUUACUCUCUCCUUCAGUGAAUAGCCUAAAUGAAUAUGAAACAGAAAAGUGUGUAUCAGCAAACUAAAGCACUUCUGUGCAAGAAUUUUCUUAAGAAAUGGAGGAUGAAAAGAGAGAGCUUAUUGGAGUGGGGACUCUCGAUACUUCUAGGACUGUGUAUUGCUCUGUUUUCCAGUUCCAUGAGAAAUGUCCAGUUUCCUGGAAUGGCUCCUCAGAAUCUGGGAAGGGUAGAUAAAUUUAAUAGCUCUUCUUUAAAGGUUGUGUACACACCAAUAUCUAAUUUAACCCAGCAGAUAAUGAAUAAAACAGCACUUGCUCCUCUUUUGAAAGGAACAAGUGUCAUUGGGGCACCAAAUAAUACAUACAUGAAUGAAAUACUUCUGGAAAACUUUCCAUAUGCUAUGGGAAUCAUCUUUAAUGAAACUUUCUCUUAUAAGUUAACAUUUUUCCAGGGAUAUAACAUUCCACUUUGGAAAGAAGAAGAUUUCUCAGCUCAUUGCUGGGAUGGAUAUGGUGAGUUUCCAUGUAAAUUGACCAAAUACUGGAAUAGAGGAUUUGUGGCUUUACAAACAGCUAUUAAUACUGCCAUUAUAGAAAUCACAACCAAUCACCCUGUGAUGGAGGAGUUGAUGUCAGUUACUGCUAUAACUAUGAAGACGUUACCUUUCAUAAGUAAAAAUCUUCUUCACAAUGAGAUAUUUAUUUUCUUCUUCUUGCUUCAUUUCUCCCCACUUGUAUAUUUUAUAUCGCUCAAUGUAACAAAAGAGAGAAAAAAGUCUAAGAAUUUGAUGAAAGUCAUGGGUCUCCAAGAUUCAGCAUUCUGGCUCUCCUGGGGUUUAAUCUAUGCUGGCUUCAUCUUUAUUAUUUCCAUAUUCAUUACAAUUAUCAUAACAUUCACCGAAAUUAUAGUCAUGACUGGCUUCAUGGUCAUAUUUAUACUCUUUUUCUUAUAUGGCUUAUCUUUGGUAGCUUUGGUGUUCCUGAUGAGUGUGUUGUUAAAGAAAGCUGUCCUCACCAAUUUGGUUGUAUUUCUCCUUACCCUCUUUUGGGGAUGUCUGGGGUUCACUGUAUUUUAUGAACAACUUCCUUCAUCUCUGGAGUGGAUUUUGAGUAUUUGUAGCCCUUUUGCCUUUACUGCUGGAAUGACUCAGAUUAUCAAACUGGAUUAUAACUUGAGUGGUGUAAUUUUUCCUGACCCUUCAGGAGACUCAUAUACAAUGAUAGCAACUUUUUCCAUAUUGCUUUUGGAUGGUUUCAUCUACUUGCUAUUGGCAUUAUACUUUGACAAAAUUUUACCCUAUGGAGAUGAGCGCCAUUAUUCUCCAUUAUUUUUCUUGAAUUCAUCAUCUUGUUUCCAACACCAAGGGACUGAUAAUAAGGUUAUUGAGAAAGAAAUUGAUGCUGAGCAUCCCUCUGAUGAUUAUUUUGAACCAGUAGCUCCUGAAUUCCAAGGAAAAGAAGCCAUCAGAAUCAGAAAUGUUAAGAAGGAAUAUAAAGGAAAGUCUGGAAAAGUGGAAGCAUUGAAAGGCUUGCUCUUUGACAUAUAUGAAGGUCAAAUCACGGCAAUUCUGGGUCACAGUGGAGCUGGCAAAUCUUCACUGCUAAAUAUUCUUAAUGGAUUGUCUGUUCCAACAGAAGGAUCAGUUACCAUCUAUAAUAAAAAUCUCUCUGAAAUGCAAGACUUGGAGGAAAUCAGAAAGAUAACUGGUGUCUGUCCUCAAUUCAAUGUUCAAUUUGACAUACUCACCGUGAAGGAAAACCUCAGCCUGUUUGCUAAAAUAAAAGGGAUUCAUCCACAGGAAGUGGAACAAGAGGUACAACGAAUAUUACUGGAAUUGGACAUGCAAAGCAUUCAAGAUAACCUUGCCAAACAUUUAAGUGAAGGACAGAAAAGAAAGCUGACUUUUGGAAUUGCCAUUUUAGGAGAUCCUCAAAUUUUGCUCUUAGAUGAACCAACUACUGGAUUGGAUCCUUUUUCCAGAGAUCAAGUGUGGAGCCUCCUGAGACAGCAUAGAGCAGAUCAUGUGAUCCUUUUUAGUACCCAGUCCAUGGAUGAGGCUGACAUCCUGGCUGAUAGAAAAGUGAUCAUGUCCAAUGGGAGACUGAAGUGUGCAGGUUCUUCUAUCUUUUUGAAAAGAAGGUGGGGUCUUGGAUAUCACCUAAGUUUACACAGGAAUGAAAUAUGUAAUCCAGAACAAAUAACAUCCUUCAUUACUCAUCACAUCCCCGACGCUAAAUUAAAAACAAAACACAAAGAAAAGCUUGUAUAUACUUUGCCAUUGGAAAGGACAAACAUAUUUCCAGAUCUUUUCAGUAAUCUGGACAAGUGUUCUGACAAGGGAGUGACAGGUUAUGACAUUUCCAUGUCAACUCUAAAUGAAAUCUUUAUGAAACUGGAAGGACAGUCAACUAUCGAACAAGAUUUCGAAGAAGUGGAGAUGAUAAGAGACUCUGAAAGCCUCAAUGAAAUGGAGCUGGCUCACUCUUCCUUCUCUGAAAUGGAGACAGCUGUGAGUGACAUGCGCCUCUGGAGAAUGCAAGUCUUUGCCAUGGCGCGGCUCCGUUUCUUAAAGUUAAAACGUCAAACGAAAGUGUUAUUGACCCUAUUAUUGGUAUUUGGAAUCGCAAUAUUCCCUUUGAUUGUCGAAAAUAUAAUGUAUGCUAUGCUAAAUGAAAAGAUCGACUGGGAAUUUAAAACCGAAUUGUAUUUUCUGUCUCCUGGACAACUUCCCCAGGAACCCCGUACCAGCCUGUUGAUCAUCAAUAACACAGGUGGAUGUGGGUCGGUAUAUGGCACUGCACCUCAAGUGACUGUGGAGGUGGAGUGGGGUGUGUGGCUGCUCAAGGUGUAUGGGAAGCUUAUUUUCUAUAUGCAUGUCCCUAAUUUAGUAUUAACAUUAUUUAUUUGUUUCUGUUUUAAGGAUUAUAGAUUUUCAGUUGUGUGUAAUACCAAGAGAUUGCACUGUUUUCCGAUUCUUAUGAAUAUUAUCAGCAAUGGGCUACUUCGAAUGCUUAAUCACACACAACAUAUUCGAAUUGAGUCAAGCCCAUUUCCUCUUAGCCACAUAGGACUCUGGACUGGGCUGCCGGAUGGUUCCUUUUUCUUAUUUUUGGUUCUAUGUAGCAUUUCUCCUUACAUCACCAUGGGCAGCAUCAGUGAUUACAAGAAAAAUGCUAAGUCCCAGCUAUGGAUUUCGGGCCUCUACACUUCUGCUUACUGGUGUGGGCAGGCACUAGUGGACGUCAGCUUCUUCAUUUUAAUUCUCCUUGCAAUGUAUUUAAUUUUCUACAUAGAAAACAUGCAGUACCUUCUUAUUACAAGCCAAAUUGUGUUUGCUUUGGUUAUAGUUACUCCCGGUUAUGCAGCUUCUCUUGUCUUCUUGAUAUAUAUGAUAUCAUUUAUUUUUCGCAAAAGGAGAAAAAACAGUGCCCUUUGGUCAUUUUACUUCUUUUUUGCCUCCAUCAUCAUGUUUGUUACCACUUUAAUCAGUAAUCUUGACCUAAGUAUAUUGAUUACCACCAUGGUAUUGGUUCCUUCGUAUACCUUGCUUGGAUUUAAAACUUUUUUGGAAAUGAGAGACCAGCAGCACUACAGAGAAUCUCCAGAGGCAAAUUUCAAAUUGAGUGCCACUGAUUUUCUAGUCUGCUUCAUACCCUACUUUCAGACUUUGCUAUUCGUUUUUGUUCUAAGAUGUAUGGAACUAAAAUAUGGAAAGAAAAGAAUGCGAAAAGAUCCUGUUUUCAGAAUUUCCCCCCAAAGUAGAGAUGCUAAACCAAAUCCAGAAGAACCCAUAGAUGAAGAUGAAGAUGUUCAAGCAGAAAGAGUAAGAACAGCAACUGCUCUGACCACUUCAAUCUUAGACGAGAAACCUGUUAUAAUUGCCAGCUGUCUACACAAAGAAUAUGCAGGCCAGAAGAAAAGUUGCUUUUCAAAGAGGAAGAAGAAAGUAGCAGCAAGAAAUAUCUCUUUCUGUGUUCAAGAAGGUGAAAUUUUGGGAUUGCUGGGACCCAAUGGUGCUGGAAAAAGUUCAUCUAUUAGAAUGAUAUCUGGGAUCACAAAGCCAACUGCUGGAAAGGUGGAACUGAAAGGCUGCAGUUCAGUUUUGGGCCACCUGGGGUACUGCCCUCAGGAGAACGUGCUGUGGCCCAUGCUGACGGCGAGGGAGCACCUGGAGGUGUAUGCUGCUGUCAAGGGGCUCAGGAAAGUGGAUGCGAGACUCACCAUCGCAAGAUUAGUGAGUGCUUUCAAACUGCAUGAGCAGCUGAAUGUUCCUGUGCAGAAAUUAACAACAGGAACCAUGAGAAAGUUGUGCUUUGUGCUGAGCCUCCUGGGAAACUCACCUGUCUUGCUCCUGGAUGAACCAUCUACAGGCAUAGACCCCACAGGGCAGCAGCAAAUGUGGCAGGCAAUCCAGGCAGUCGUUAAAAACACAGAGAGGGGUGUCCUCCUGACCACCCAUAAUCUGGCUGAGGCAGAGGCCUUGUGUGACCGUGUGGCCAUCAUGGUGUCUGGAAGGCUUAGAUGCAUUGGCUCCAUCCAACACCUGAAAAACAAACUUGGCAAGGAUUACAUUCUAGAGCUGAAAGUGAAGGAACCUUCUCAAGUGACUUUGGUCCACACGGAGAUUCUGAAGCUUUUCCCACAGGCAGCAGGGCAGGAAAGGUAUUCCUCCUUGUUAACCUAUAAGCUGCCAGUGGCAGACGUUUACCCUCUAUCGCAGGCCUUUCACAAAUUAGAGGCAGUGAAGCAUAACUUUAACCUGGAAGAAUACAGCCUCUCUCAGUGCACAUUGGAGAAGGUAUUCUUAGAGCUUUCUAAAGAGCAGGAAGUGGGAAAUUUUGAUGAAGAAGUUGAUACAACAAUGAGAUGGAAACUCCUCCCUCAUUCAGAUGAACCUUAAAACCUCAAACCUAGUAAUUUUUUGUUGGUGACCUAUAAACUUAUGUUUUAUGUAAUAAUUAGUAGUACAUUUGAUUUUAAAGAUCAUUUAAAAUUAACAUCAGGUGUAUUUUGUAUAUUUAGUUAAUAAAUACAUAAAUUUAAAAAUUAUUCUUCCUCUCAAACAUAGAGGUGAUAGCAAACCUGUGAUAAAGGCAAUACAAAAUAUUAGUAAAGCCACCCAAAGAGUCAGGCACUGGGUAUUGUGGAAAUCAAACUAUAUAAACAUAGAA